AUGAUAGGCAUUCUGGUUGUAUUGAUAGAAUAUAAAUUUUAACAUAAGAGUAAGAUAGAAUAAGUGAAGCAUUAUGAGAAACUAACUAAUAAGGCUUUAAUUUAUAACAACAAAUAUGGAAACUAAAAGUCAUUUAGGUAAAUAUUAAAUUAUCAUCUAAAGCCAUCCUCUAAUGAUGAUUUAUUUAAAAAAAUCUAAUUUGGAUGAUAAAAGCUGGAUUAAUUUAAAUAGAAAAAAAGAAGAAAAACUAAAUUAAAUGGAAAAUGAACUUAAUAUAUUACAGAAAGACCUAUAGGAUGAAAGGAUAUAAAAAUUAGACUAAGUCAAUCUCUAUCAAUAAUAAUUAGAAGAAGUUGUGAGAUUGUAAAAAAAUGACCUAGAAACAUUUAGCUAGUAAACAAAUCAAUUUUAUCUUCAAUUUGAAGAUUUAUAAAAUGAAAAUUAGGAUUUAAAAUCUAAAAUUAAUACUUUUUAAAUUACAAUUCUCUAACAAAAACAACAGAUUGCACUUCUUGAAGAUUAAUUAAAUUAAUUAUAGUCAUACUAACUUUCUCUCAGAUUCCUCCUUCUUAUUAGUUACCUUAAAUUUAAUAUCAAUAAUCAAAACCCUAAUCUUCUAAUUAUCAAAAAGUAAUAAGAUUUCAAGUAGAAAACAAGGAAACUAAUAAACCAACAGAAGUAAAACGCAAGUGAUUCAAACUCUUAAUGGUACAACUGAUGAUUAUGAAUACUCAUCAAUUUAAGACCCAAAUAACCCCAGAAAAUCAUUAGCUUCAAGAUUAGAUUAAGUAAAUAUUCAACCAUCCUCAAACAUUGAUACUAGAAAUUCCAAACUUCAAAAUAAUAUUUCAUAAUCCUCAUUUUAAAGAGGCUAAACGUAUAUUUCUGAUUAAUAUAAAAAAGACUUUAUUGAUUUGAAGCAUAAAUUGAGAAUAACCUGUAACAGAGUACAAAUCAACUGUUUCAACAAGUAAUAAAUAUUCUAAUUAUUGAGGUAUUAUUAUUUUCAUUACAGUAUUUUUAUUUUUUUAUAUAAAUCAAUUCAUUUUUAGUAAAGAGAGCCAGAUAUUUACCCUAGAUUUUUUUUUAGCAUCUGA